AUGGAUAAACCAACUUAUAUGGUGGUGGCGCCCAAGACUUUGCGGCCAAACGCCGACUAUCGGGUGAGUGUCUCGCUAUACGACAUACCGGCGCCCAUUCAAGUGAAUGUCUCAGUUGUGGGUCCGGACAACAACACCGCCACUACCGGUCCGGUAGUGUUCGCCGAGUCUGAGACCCAGAUGUUAACUCUGCCGAUCGGCGACUGGACAGAUGGUUGUUAUAAGCUUAUAAUUACGGGGACAGAUGCUAAUUUUAGCAGGUACAACCCACAUUCAUGGCAAAAGUAUGAUGAUUAUGAUGAAACAUUAUUGCCGACAACAACUGAGCCCGAGAUAGUAAUCGAUGGAUUCCGGGAUGAAGUGUCGCUUCAGUUUCAGCCAAAAAUAGUAUCGGUAUUCAUACAGACAGACAAAGCUAUGUAUAAACCCGGACAGAAAGUACAGUUCCGGGCACUGGUAGUCACCCCUUCGCUACUGCCCGUAAGCAACGCAUCCGUCGAUAUACACAUCAAAGACGGUAACGGAAAUCGUGUAAAACAGUGGACAGGACUGACACCUAUAAGAGGAGUUGUAUCUCAAGAGCUAGAGCUGUCUUCGGAGCCAGUGUUGGGCGACUGGGCUAUAGUUGUGGAGGUGUUGGGCGUCAAACACCAGAAGCCCUUCUCAGUGGCGGAGUAUGUGUUGCCCACGUUUGACGUGGAGGUAGUGUUGCCUAAGUAUAAAACUCGUGACCGGCCGGACAUUGUGGCCACUGUUAAGGCUCUCUACACAUAUGGACAGCCUGUUAAAGGAAGCCUCACUUUAACAGUACUGAUUAAGGAGUUGUACCCAAGCAAAUACAGGACUCGGUAUCCAAUUGACGGAAGUGUUGACAUACCUAUCAAUCUGAUAGACGACUUGAGUCUUCCAAAAUACAUCCGACGCUUAUAUAACUUUAAUAUAGAGUUGACGGCAGUCGUGACGGAGGCGCUGACCGGCCGGUCGUAUAGCAGGUCAAACACUAUGAAGAUAUGCGACAGAUAUAUAAAGGUAGAGCAGGUGGAAACAUCUCAGACCUUUAAACCGGGUCUCAAAUACCCGGUGCUCAUCAAAGUGACCGAUCAGGACGACAAACCGGUGCCCGAAAACGGACCCAAACUUACAUUGAAAUACACUUUCAUGUAUGACAAGUACAAUAAGACAAUACUCUUGAGUCCAGUCAAUGGACUCAUUAAUGUCGGUCUUUUCCCACCAAAAAAUACCGAAUAUAUUAUACUUGAGGCUCAGUAUAUGGACAACAAGUAUAAGAUCGGCGAAAUAAAGAGAGCUCAGUCGCCGUCCAAUAACUACAUUCAAGUGGUGCGACUCGAGUCCAACGCCGGCGUGAGUGUCGGACAACAGCUCCGGUUUGCUGUCAACGCCACCGAACCUAUCGGUCGACUUGUGUGCGAAGUGUUGGGAAAGGGAGACAUCGUUUGGGCCCAAAGUAUUGAUAUACCGGAAAAUAAGAUGACUCACGAGUUUGGUUUGGAGGCCACACCAGAUAUGGCACCGACAGCUCGACUGGUGUGCCAUUACCUGCGAGCGGCCAAUCAGGAAGUGGUGGCCGACGGACUUAAGUUUAAUGUGAGCGGAACUCUCCGGACACCCGUAUCGGUCACUACUGACGUGCAGACCACUAAACCGGGCGCACCCGUAGAGGUGAGGGUGAGUACCAAACCGGACGCAUACGUGGGUCUACUCGGUGUCGAUCAGAGCGUACUUUUGCUAAAAUCCGGUUACGAUAUCACACGCGAAGACGUGGACAAAGAGCUCAAGACUUACGACAAUGAAUACAAUCGAUGGGAUAACUCUGUGACCGCCGGCGAGAUAUUUGACAACUCGGGUGUUGUGGUCAUGUCUAACAAUCUGAUACAUCGGGCGCCGAAAGAGGGUAAACAAUAUAUUUAA